UACAACUACUACUAUUUUCUACUGUUCUCCUCUGACUUUACAUAUAUGCAUACGUGAUAAGAUGUGCCUAUAUAUAUUGUUGUAAGUAUUUACAAAGAAAGGGUGGUACUAGAAAGCACCGCAAAAGAAAGAAAAAAAUUUGUUUGUGUUCUUGUGAGGAGAGAGAGAGGAGAGAGAGAGAGAGAGAUGGGAAGGGGGAGAGUUGAGCUGAAGAGAAUAGAGAACAAGAUCAACAGGCAAGUGACUUUUGCAAAACGAAGGAAUGGCCUUUUGAAGAAAGCUUAUGAGCUUUCUGUUCUUUGUGACGCUGAGGUUGCUCUGAUUAUCUUCUCCAAUAGAGGAAAGCUGUACGAGUUUUGCAGUAGCUCUAGCAUGCUCAAGACACUGGAGAGGUAUCAGAAAUGCAACUAUGGAGCUCCAGAUCAGACAAAUGUAUCCACAAGGGAAGCGCUGCCUUACAGCGUUCUCAAAGGAAUCUUCUUGGUGAGGAUCUUGGUCCUCUGAACAGCAAGGAGCUUGAGUCACUUGAGAGGCAACUUGAUAUGUCAUUGAAGCAGAUCAGAUCAACACGGACUCAAGCUAUGCUGGACACUCUCACAGAUCUUCAGAGAAAGGAGCAUGCUCUCAAUGAAGCUAACAGGAGUUUGAAACAACGGUUGAUAGAAGGAAGUCAAGUAAGUCUCCAGUGGAACCCAAAUGCUCAGGACGUGGGCUACGGACGAGCAGCUCAGCCUCAGCCUGACGGAUUUUUUCAUCCUCUCGAUUGCGAACCCACUCUGCAAAUUGGGUACCAGCCUGAUCCAAUAACAGUUGCAGCAGCCGGGCCUAGUGUGAAUAACAACUACAUCUCAGGCUGGCUGCCAUGAUAAGCAUUCGACUGAUCGAACUGUGAUCAUGAUCUCUCAUAAAAACCAGGAAAAUUUCAAUCUUUCUGUGUGUUGUUUCAUAAAGGCAAACAUGUUUAAUAGGCAUGGACUUUUGUAAGACUGCUGGUGUUGUAAUUCCACUUUGGUGGAAUAUUAAGUAAGUUGUAGUGUUUAAGUUAAUGUGUUUGUCUGGAUUCUCUCCUUGUCUUUCACUUGGUAUGCAGACUGUGUAAAGAAAACUCUUGCUUCUAUUCAAAUUCUUAACAAUUUCUGCAUGUU